UUUCACUUCUAUUUUCAAUGUAAAACUUUGAAAGCUGUAAGCUCCACCAGCACAGGACACACAGACGUUGCUCCUGAAAUGGACCAGCUCUGCUGGAUCAUGACUUGAAGAUCCUGUUGGAGUUUUUGUAUCUUGACCAUUUGUGUUUUCUGGCUAUUUUGGAUUUAACUAAGCCUUUGUUUGUUUGUUUUUUAAUGGGGGAACCUCUUCCAAAGGUGGCAGGAGGAGCCCAGCACAGCAGUGACUUUGUGGGCAGACCAGUGCGGACCCUCAGGGUUAAGAUGGUUCUCCUGGGAAGCUCUGGUGUGGGAAAAUCCAGCCUGGUGUUGCGAUUUGUCAAAGAUGAGUUCAAGGACGAAUCACCUACUGUUGGCUGUGCCUACCUGACCCGGCUGGUACAUCUGAGUAACAUCACGCUUCGCUUUGAGAUAUGGGACACAGCAGGGCAGGAAAAAUACCACAGUGUCACCCAGCUGUACUACAGGGGAGCCCACGCUGCACUUUUGGUAUAUGACAUCAGUAAAAGGGAAACGUUCAUCAGAGCUCAGCUGUGGCUCAAAGAGCUGGAGAAACAAUACAUUCCAGGAUCUACGGUCAUAUGGCUCAUAGGUAACAAGGGAGAUCUGGAUCAGCAUCGGGAAGUGUCAGUGCAGGAAGGACAAAGUCUGGCCAAUGACAGGGGUUUGUUCUUCACGGAGACGUCGGCCCUGUCAGGAGAUCAAGUCAGCGAGCUGCUGCUGGGUGUGGCCCACAGGGUGUAUGAGUGCAUCGGUGCGGAACAAGGAGGUCUGUCCGAGUGGCAAGAAACAACGCUUGUAGAUCAGCGACAUAACAAUUCAUUCAAUCCAUUUGGUUCCUGUUGCAAAGCUGGACCCUAAUCUGUAUCAUUGACUGUAUUCCUGUGUUUGUCUCAACUGUUUUAAAGUGCUUGGUAAGUUAAUGCAUAAAAAAAUGAUCCAAUUGAA